UGGCGGAGUGAUUUGCGCCCAGCCCGAGAGAGAGAGAGAGAGAGAGGAGCCGCUCCUGACGCUGAGAUUCACCAGACAAAACACAAGACAAAGGACCAGAGCGCAUCCCAUUACAUCACCGAGCCCGCAUCAUCCUGACGGUUAUUUAUUUGUUUUUAUUUUAUAAAAACAAUAUUAUUAUUAUUAUUUUCUCUAGAUGCCCGGUCAUUGAUCGGAGCGGGUGCAGAGGGAGUGCGCGCGCUGAGGGUGUGAUGUGAUCAGAGGGAGCGCGAGACCGACGCCGCCGCCAUGGCCGCGGAUGUUCAGGCGGAUGUCGCGACGGAUGUGGCGGCGGACGCGGGAGCCCCCGGCGGCGGCGCGGACCGGUACGAGGAGUACGAGUGCAAGAUCUGUUACAACUACUUCGACCUGGACCGGCGCGCGCCCAAGAUCCUCGAGUGCCUGCACACGUUCUGCGAGGAGUGCCUGCACGCGCUGCACCUGCGCGAGGAGCGGCCGUGGCGCGUCACGUGCCCCGUGUGCCGCCACCGCACGCCCGUGCCGGACUACCGCAUCCGCAACCUGCCGAACAACACCAAGGUCACGGAGGAAUUCCCGCUGCGCGUGGACGCGCGCGCCGACCCCGUGCCGCAGGACGCGCUGCCGCCGCACCCGCCGCCGCUCCAUCCGGCGCUCGCGGCCCUGCGGCGCAACGACGACGCCUCCUCCCCCUCGAGCGCGUCCGGCCCGGGCCGCCUCGCUCCCGCGCACGCGCACGCCACGCCGUCCACCACGGCGUCCACGGCCACCAUGACGCUCUCGCAGGACUCGGUGGCGUCGCGCCGCGAGACCUGCCACGAGGGCUGCUGCAGGCGGCUCGCGCUCACCGCCGGCUGCGCGUGCGUCGCGUUCUCGUUCGUCGCCAUGCUCGCGCUGCUCUUCGCCGGCCUCGUGUUCGUGCACGGCAACUCCGGCGACCGGCCGCCGUCUCCCGCCGGGCCCGUGUGCCUGUCGGUCGCGAGCGUCCUCGCCAUGGUGGCCGUGGUGGUCACGUGGCUCCUCUGCUGGCUCAAAUACAGACCGGAGCACGAGACGACCGGCCGCGCCUCGGCCACGAGCAACAGCAGGAGAAACGCCUGAGUGUGUG